AUAAGAUUCAGCAGUCUGCCCCCUGCUGGCAGUACCCUAACCCUGCACCCCAAAGGGAACGGCACGCUGCUGGCUUUGUAUCCAUGCUGUAGAUCGCCUCUCCAGCCUCGUGAUGUCAUCGGGGAGUUGYGAUGUCAUCCAACCCUCCAUACUGGAUCAGUCCAGAACUUCCCAGGAGGCCAAUGGGGGUUCUCCAAAUCCAGGAAUUCCUUCCUCCUCCUCCUCAGCAGCAAAUCACAAUUUCAAACCCACAGCCCCAACCAACCACAGCAGUGAUAUACCUGUCACCUACAUCGAUGACGUCAUAACCGAACUAAGUUCCUCCGAUGUUGAGAGUGCGCUCUCAUCCAAAAACCACAAAGCCCCUUCAGAAGCACAAUGUACUGAGACUACAUCCUGCAAGUCAGCUCUAGACAGCAAGGCCCUGCUAGAGAAAGACAAAAGUAAUGUUCAGACUCCUCCAACACGGCCCAGUCAGUUGGACUUCUCUGUCUUGGACUCUGGAAACAAUGGUCGCCUCUUGCCUGUGGGUAAAACAUUCUUGAACAAUUACUCCAGAAACUUUAGCAGUAAUCUCACAGACGAGGGGAAGAAUGCUCUUUCAAACGGGGUGGAUAAACCACCUGGCGCCUCAAAGUGCCACAUGUACAACCAGGUCGAUGACAGCGAUUCAGAGAGUGAAGACACCGUCACGGACAACAGCCACGGCGCUGCAGGCGCUGAGCCACAGGACACAGAGUCUGAUGAGGAGGAAGUGGAGAUUUGUUACAGUGAGGCCCAGCGACCCGGCACUCUGAGCCAGGCAGYGCUGACUCACCCAACAGAUGGGCCAUUGUCUCCCCGGCUCUCUAUCCCUAUCUCUGGCUCUGGCUCUGACGGCAGCCACAAUACAAACGAGUCUGGGCCCUUUGAUGUAGUACUAGACUCUGCUGCUUAUGCCACUUCUGAUAAUGCCUCUCAGCAUAACAAAGACUGCUCUGUGGUAACAACAACCCAAUCCAACCCUAACACUUCCCCCUCGCUGUCUCAGAGUCUAUCUGGCUCGCAGUCCUCAGGUGCCUGUUUGACUGCAGAGUCCAAAGCUUCCCCUUGCCAAAUGGUGCCCCCCCAGUCUUCCAAGGACACAGAUUCUGUACCCACUCCAGGCCCUGCAGGGCCUUCAGAAUGCUUUGCCAAUGGGGUUAGUGGCAGCAACGUUGUUACACCUGUGAUAAAACCCAGCCAGGCACCUUCUCUAAGUGUUGUAGCAGCUAGCCACAGCCUCACCCCACGGAGUCAGGAGAGGACAGCCAGGCCGACUUCAGGUAAACUAUCUAAUAGUACAUCAUCAUCGCCAUCAUCAUCAUCAUCAUCAUCAUCAUCAUCAGCAGCAGCAUCCCACUCAACGGCGGCGAAGGCGAUAUCCUCCAACUAUAUUAGAUCUGGCUCAUCGAGGCCAUCGCUAACAACGACAAGAGACAGGGAGAGAGAGAAAGUUUCCCUGGAACCCAGGUCAGUCCAGAAUAACCCUACUAGUCCCUCUCUUCCGAUGUCCAAACUGAAGGGGCUCAGCAUCAAGAGUAAGAACAAAACCCAGCAGCAGCAGCAGCUUUCCCCGAAACCAGCCAGAGCCGAAAGUCCGGCGGUUCUUGGGAAAGCAAGCAAAACUUCCCCGCUCCAGUCCCCCAAACUGCAAGCCAAGAAGGUAGACUCUCCUCUGCCAACCAGAAAGGCAGCAGCCUCAUCUAGCAGCUUAAAGACUGGCAAACAGUUGGAACUGAGCAGAAUCAGUAGCAGGAGCCCCACCUCGCCCAAACCAGGUGACCGAGCCCAGGACAAGUGCAAACCCAAGUCCAACCCCACUACCACGUUGGAGGCAGCACAGUCAGCCAAGUUGGAGCUUCACCCUAACAAAGAAGAGCAAGUGACACCAGCUACGUCCAAGGAACAACCGGAGCCAGUCCCAACUACCCAGAGGACUUUCAUUGAGGUGCGACUCUCAUCUGCCUCUUCUACUCUUCCUUCCUCCUCAUCGUCUACGCCAGUUCUGAUGCGAAAGGAAACGGUKAAUUCAAAGAAUUACUCAAUUACCCAAAUGACUCAUAUACCAGAUAUUACGUCACAGGUUAAUGGAAGUGCAGUAGAGACCAAUCUCAGGCCUGCUGCUCCUGCACCCCCUGACUCUGUGUGUAAUCCAGAAAACGUCACUACAAAUUCAGCAGUGAACUCAAUAGUCCUAGAAUCCAUAGAUGUGGUUCCUUUGCCUAUAAGCAAUGGUAUCAUAAACAUCUCUCUCGGAAACUCCCGUCUAACAGAUAYGGCUGUGGAAAACCUGAAAGCCAACAAGUCCAAACUGAAGAUGAUGGAGCGCCGUAGUUUCUCCACGGACAACAGCGCCCCCGGGGAUCCAAACCCCUUCUCUGUCCGCCAGAGAAUCAUGUCCUUUGAGAACCUGGCCAGCUUCGACAAGCCAGCGCUCAAAUGUAUCGAGAUUCAGUCCUUCGCUCAGUCCUAUGCUCUGACGGCAACGUUGAAGCCGCCUCUUAACCGAAGACUGUCUGGCUACAUGUCCGGCUCGGUGAGCUCCAUAGACUGCCGCUCGCUACGAAGAAGCUUCAGCUCAUGCGUCGACAACUUUAACGCCUCAACCCCCUUGACCCCUUUGUCGCCUCAGCUUCGCAAGUCGCCGUCAAGUCUGACUCUCCCGAACUUUCACAUUUUGACACAAAGCUGCAGCGCAAACGAAGCUCCACUUGGACAAACACGGGACAAACCCGCGGACGGCGAAAUCUCCRAAAUGUUGCCCCCAGGGGGUGUGACCCUAACUCCUCAAACGCCCCCGGUGAUGCGGCGCCGCCAGGCUCGGGGCCAUGCUAACCUGUCCCGAUCCAGAUUGAGGGAGCUCAGGGCCCUUAGCAUGCCCGACCUGGACAAGCUGUACACCGAUGACUUCUCCAGCAACCCACGGACCAACGGCACAUUUAAGACGGAGCUGGAGAUCCACCCAGCCAGGUCCACAGAGGCCCUCCAGAACCAGACAGGGUGCUGUCAACUGCCUGCUGAACCCACAGGUGUGCCCCCGACCAGGCACAGCCGGAGCGACGCUGGGGCCAGCAACUGGUCCAUCAGUUUGACAGUGCUGGCUGGCUCUCCGGUGGGCAGAGUAAGCUGCAGACGGUCCUGGCCUCCGUGACCUCCAAGACCGACGUGUUGGCCCUGCUACAGGAGGCCAAAGCUCUCUCUCAGGUUAAAGAUGAUACCCACCCUUUGUAGUCUUCUCCAAAGAAGAGGGUUCAGGACUUGUUUCAGCCAUCGCUGGAGGAGUGGACCUU